CAGUGACUUGAUCAUUGCUCACCUCUAAAUUGUAACCUUAAAAGAUGCUUUGUUUACUUUUGCGCCAAUCGCGUAAUUCCCAUCAAUUAAUUGCUAAGCAAGUCUUGAAAUUACCAGUUUACAAAGUCACCAAGGGACUGCACACCACGAAUUCUUUGCGGCAUGGAGAGUACGAAUGGCAAGAUCCCAAAUCUCCGGAUGAAAUUGUCAACAUAACGUAUGUUGACAAGGACGGCAAACGCAGCACGGUCCAAGGGAAGGUGGGGGACAAUGUGUUGUAUCUGGCGCAUCGUCACGGCAUUGAAAUGGAGGGAGCCUGUGAGGCGUCACUAGCUUGCACCACAUGCCAUGUGUAUGUGCAGAACAAGUAUCUCGAAACGCUUAACGAGCCGGAUGAAAAGGAGGACGACCUGCUGGACAUGGCGCCGUUUCUGCGUGAGAAUUCCCGCCUCGGAUGCCAAAUAGUGUUGGAGAAGAGCAUGGAGGGCAUGGAACUGGAGCUGCCCAAGGCAACUCGCAAUUUCUAUGUGGACGGGCACAAGCCAAAGCCGCACUAAAACUGCGUUAAUAACUAUUGUUAUAAAUCUGUUAAAAUAAUAGAUUGUAUUUUAAUAUAUAUAUUUUAUGUUCCCAACUUGUAUAUUCUUAUGUAUUUAAACAAUGCUUUCGUUUAAUGUUUCAUCUGUCGAAGAAUUAAACUAAAGAAAAUUUGUUAAGUUGAGCCUAUAUUAUUACAUUUUCUAGUCGAUGAUUACAUUGAAUGAAAGCAGUACA